CAGGUCGCAAGUCACCCAUCAUACCAGCAGCAGUUUGAGUGGUGGCGUCUGCCGACCCCUACAGCGAUGACCGCGGCGGCGAAAUGUCCGUGAGCCUCGAGGCGGGAAGAUCGGGUCCUCGGGACGGGGUCCCCUUAUCCCGAUCCGUCGCCGCGCGAAAGUGGGUCAAAGGUAAAAUCGAGGCGUCUUCCAGCAUCAGCGAGCCGGGGACAUGAGGCGACGCCUGGCCACUCGGUCCUCGUGACACGAUGAACACCUCGCCGACGACCGAUAACUCGUCUGUCGUCUCAGCUUCGCACGAGGCCACGUACACCGUUACGGAAGUCGUCCUGAUAGGAACAGUGGCUGGAAUCCUGUCCCUCGUCACGGUCGUGGGCAACAUCAUGGUGAUGAUCAGCUUCAAGAUCGACAAGCAGCUGCAAACGAUAAGCAAUUACUUCCUGUUCUCGCUCGCCGUCGCCGACUUCGCCAUCGGGCUGAUCUCGAUGCCGUUGUUCACCAUUUCGACGCUGCUGGGUUACUGGCCGCUAGGACCUCUGGUCUGCGACACGUGGUUAGCCCUCGACUAUCUGGCCAGUAACGCGUCAGUGUUGAACCUGCUCAUCAUCAGCUUCGACCGGUACUUCUCGGUGACCAGACCGCUGACCUACAGGGCUAAGAGGACCACCAACCGCGCGGCCAUCAUGAUAGCGUGCGCGUGGGGAAUAAGCCUGCUGCUGUGGCCCCCGUGGAUCUACAGUUGGCCCUACAUCGAGGGACAACGCACGGUACCCGACAACGAGUGCUACAUCCAGUUCAUCGAAACGAAUCACUAUAUUACGUUUGGUACCGCGAUCGCUGCUUUCUACGUGCCCGUUACGGUCAUGUGCUUCCUCUACUGGAGGAUAUGGAGGGAGACGGAGAAACGGAAAAAGGACCUGCCCAACCUCCAGGCCGGCAAAAAGGACAGCAGCAAACGGAGCAAUUCGAGUGUAUUCGUGUGCAGUGACGAGGCGACGAACGCCUGCUCCACUCUCGACCUGGAGGAAUGGAGGAGGCCGAGGUCGGAGUCCUCGGCGGCGGACAACGACUCGGUGUAUAUGCGCAGCUCGGUCGCGGUCGAUCCCAACCAAAAGCGGAGGCCCAUCAUCCUGCUAAGUCAUCGGGACAGCCACGUGUUUAGAGGGGCCAACAGCCUCAGGGACGGCGCCAGUCGGCUGAGGUCGUGGUGCGUCGCGUGGUGGCAUUCGGGCAGAGACGACGGCAGCGACACCGAGGAGGAGAGCCCCAGCGAGCAAGGCCAGGGCUGCAUCACUCCCGUGUCGUUGGACACGCCCCUGCAGAGUUCCGUGUCCAGAUGUACCUCGCUCAACGUCAUCAGGGAUCCGUACGCGACUCGUGAUUUGGGAGCGAGUUGGGCGGCCAACCAGGCGAACGUGACACCCACCAGGUACCCUGGGAGGGACAGCCGGAGCUUGCCGUUGUCCACUAGGUUGACGGGACGCUGCUCGUCGACGGACAGCGUCUAUACGAUCCUGAUCCGGUUGCCGGGCGAUCCCAAGGAGGGCCACCACGGCCAGGCUGAAACUCCUUCGAUCAAGAUGAUCCCCGAGAGUCAGUUCCAGAACGACUACAAGAUGAACUCGGUGGCUCACGCGAACCACCUGAACCGGAGACCUUCGGCGAUGCCCGACAUCAGGAUCCCGCUGAACGCGAAAGGCAUCCCGAAGCACCUGGCCGGCAAGACGCUGCUGGCGAACGCGACCAAGAACCACGGCAAGAAGAAGAAGAAAACGCAGGAGAAGAAGGCGGACAAGAAGGCCGCCAAGACCCUGUCCGCCAUACUGCUGACGUUCAUCAUCACGUGGACCCCCUACAACAUACUGGUGCUGCUGAAGCCGGUGACAGCGACGAGUAACCGGAUCCCGCCGCAGUUGUGGGACUUUUUCUACUAUCUGUGCUACAUCAACUCCACGAUAAACCCGAUGUGUUACGCGUUGUGCAACGCGAGCUUUCGCAGGACAUAUCUGAGAAUCUUGCAGUGCAAAUGGCACAACCGGAAUAGGGCGGCGGUCAAUCGGGGCUUCUACAAUAAUUGAAACCGGUCGAAACCGGAACGGGUGUCGGGGCGGUUGGUUUUUUUUUGUACGCGGGAUGACGUCGGGGUAAUUGUUUUCGGUUCGAAGGAUGAGAGGCUGGCAAAGUUUGCGGGAUAAAAUACAAGUUCGCAGAUUCCGUUGAAUUUUCUAAGCUACUGGUGAGAGUGAUACACAAGUAAACAAACAAAUUUUAUGUGUGUAAUAUAAUUGUCACUUUUUAUCCAUUAUUUGACGUUCCCCAUGUAAAAUUUAUUAUUGUUCUUUCUGAUCUACGAAGCUUACUGCAAAAUGUAGGUUUAAGCCUGAUUAGCCGUAUUUUUGAGGAAUGAGUCAGAAUUUCUGAAAAACAAGUCGUAAUUCCUGACAUAAAUCUAAAUUUGCUAAGAAACAAGACAUAAUUUCCUACUACGUAAGAAUUUUUGAGAAAUGAGACAUAAUUUCUUAAUUAAGUCACAUUUUUUGAAAAACAAGUAAGAAUAUCCGAUAAAGUCAGAAUUUCAGAGAAAUAAAUCAGAAUUCCCUACCUAAAUCGGAAUUUCUAAGAAAUAAGGCAGAAUUUCUGGAAAACAAGUCAGUAUUUCUUGAAAACAAGUUAUGAUUUCUUAUAUAGGUCAAAAUUUCUAAAAAGAACUCGGAAUUUAAGAAAACCAAAUCUAAAUUUCUGAAAAAUAAGUUAGAAUUUCCGAGAAACUCCUCCGAAUUUUUUACUUAAGUCGGAAUUCCUGAAAAAUUCGUUAAAAUUUGUUAAACGUCAGAUAUUCAGAACCUUUGCUACUAGAUGACAAUAGUUUCACCAUAUUAUUUAGAGAAAUUUAAUCACAUGUGCCUAUUUUUUUUUGAAACAUUUUUCGUAAAAGGGUUAACUGUGUAGUUUUUUAAAAUUAUUUGCAUUAAAAAAAAUAAGUAUUUUUUGUAAAUAAUCAAAAUUUGAAAAGGUACGGGGAACAUAAAGCAAUCAACCAUAAUAAAUUUUAGUAUUAAUAAUGAAAAAAAAAUUAUGUGUCUAGUACUUCCAGUUUAGAGAUUACCCAUUCUUUAUGAAUCACCCUGUACAUCUGUUUCGCUCCUAAUGCCAUUGCCGAGAAACGUAUGUGAGAAGCUUUGCAGAAAUUCUAACUUAUUUUUCAGUAAUUAUGAUUUGUUUCUCAGAAAUUUUGACUUAUUUUUCGGAAAUUCUGACUUACUGCACAAAUUCCAACUUGUCUCUCAAAAAUUGACUUUGACUUGUAUCUCGGAAAUUUCGACUUAGGUCAGAAAUUCUGACUUUUCCCUCAAAACUUUGCCUAAUUCAACUGACACGCAUAUUUUAGUUUAGCGCUUAAGUAAACGAAUUGCCCAAGAAGAUAACAUUUCUUAUUGACAACUAAAAUACAAAAAAACUUGUUGAAUUUAAAAAAUCCGAACGUACCUCUUUCGUUUUCGACCACCAAAAAUUGACACCAGCGGAUAUUUUAUCCCGAGAAACUUUGCCACGGGGUGUUCAUUCUUCGAGGUGGCGCUCGGGUUUGAAAACAAUUAUCCCGUAUUAUUCCCGAAUAUCGAGAUAUUUAAAAAAAAAUGUUUGUCGUCUAAGGUGUACCUAUUUCUCGCUCUUCCGGAACGCCCCUCUACACGAUCGAACCCGAAUAAUGAGUAUUAUUACGUAAUGAAUCUUCCUAACCUCAACGAACAUCAAUGGCUCUUUAUUAUAUAGAUGUUUUUAUAUUUGUAAAUGUAUCUAAGUAACGCUCAAUACGUGUUCUGUGGCGUACACACGGACUGAAUCGGUCGCCGGUAAAGUAGGGUUAUGUAAAAAAUAAACCGAGGCAAAAAAUAACGUAUAGGGACAACCAAAAAAUGAUAUUUAUACAUAAUAUAGAGGCUGUGUGUUAGAUUUAGUAUUGUUUGUGGUAAGACCAAUACUUUACUGAUUUAAGUGCGAGUGAGCAAACUAUAUAUACUACAUUAGGAACUGUCGCGGGGAUUUGGGGUUUCGGUCGGUUUCGUCGUCCCCGGAAACGCACGAAAGCGGCUCGACCGACGUCGAGCGUUAUGUACAAGGCGACGCGAAAAAAGAAACGGUUUCGUGUAGCAAUUUUAAGUUUUAAAUGAUCCGAUAUUUUUCGAAAUAAUUUGCCUUAUUUAUCUAAUGGCAAAUAGCAUUCGAUGUGAUAAUAAUAAAAAAAAAUCAGUCAGAAUGUCUGAGAAACACCUUGGGAGUUCUUAAGUUAAAAUUUCUGAAACACAAAUCAUAAUUUUAAGUUUUUUACGUAAAGGGCAAGGCGAAUUGAGACGUCGGAUAUAGAGCGUGAUUCAUAAACUGAAGGUACUACUAGACUCAGAUAGGUCGAAUCGAAAUGAAUUUUUUUCAAUUUUUCGUAAACUCUGUAAGUUUUAAUAAAUGCUCAAAAUACGAAAAGGUACAGGGAACAACAAAACACCAAUAAUUAACCACAACAAUGUUGGUAAUAGCAAUGAAAAAAAUAAAAUUAUUUUUGUUUCUAGUUCGCCUAGUUUAUGAAUCACCCUGUAUAUCUGAUAUUUCCGAAUGUCCCUUACGACAAAGUUAUGUGAGAAACUCUGACUUGUUUUCAAAAAUUCUGACUUACUUUUCAGGAGUUAUGAUUUGUAUCUGAGAAAUAUUAAAUUAUUUUCCAGAAAUUCCGACAAGUCAGAAAUUUUUACUUGUUUUUUAGAAAUUUUGAUUUGUUUUUCCGAAACUCUGACUAAAGUAAGAAAUUAGCGUUCGCUUCUCAGAAAUUCAUGAUUUUCCAUAAAUUCGAGAGAUUUUCUGAAAACAUAUACAGGGUUAAUCAAAAGUAGCGCAAUGGCCACAUAUCUCAGGAAUUAUUCAACUCAAAAUUUAUGAAAUUUAUUAGUAAGGCUAGAUCCAAUGAUGACAUGGGCAACGUUGCCACGUUUCUGUUUUUUUCGCUAAGCUACCAAAUUUUCCUGUUAAAUAGAAAGGGUAUGUUUUUAUUCCAUUUUUGGAUCGUUCUUAAAAUUUCUUAGUAUUUUUCAUGUAAUAGCCUAUACCCAAAUUCAACCGUUUUUGCAGGAAUGACAAAAAACAAAAAUAAUUAAUGGCACGAUUUUAACGAAUUAGGAACUUA